AUGAACUGUACUAUCAACGUCGAUUUCUUCCGUGACUUCCAUCCGCUGAUCCCUGAUCCCGAACUCGAUACAUUUUCUUUCGCCUUGUCAGUUCCAUUCGCGUUCCGAUCUCUCGCUAGCCUAGCGUUGACUUCCGGUCGGCGCGAUGCGUCCGAUGGUGCUGGCGGCAGGCGACCCGAUGAUCAUGAAUAUGUUGCUUCAGGCUAUUUCUUGUAUGGGCGUCACCUGUCUGCCCAAACCGAGGGUGUCGUAGAGAACGAUGCUGAGUGGGUGGCGCUCCCGACAUUCUCGCCUCGACCAACUUCAGCGGGCCGAUCACCACCUACGAGCCCCAAGCCCUCUGCACCGCGAUUAUCCCUCCAUUCGCGCCUUUCUCGCAUAGCCUUCUCUGCCUGCUUUGCUGAGAGCAUGACCCUUGUACUGCUCUUAGUCCUGCAGACUCUCGAUAUACUCUCUUCUCGAACGCGAUUGCUCAACUGGAUCUUGUCGCAGUUCCUCUUCAUCUUCCUACUUCUGGUUUUGAUUCCCCUUGUUAUGACCAUCGUCCUGUCAUUAGGUGCGACAUCUGGCAAAGGAAAUACAGCAAAGAGACGUGCCAUCACGAUCAGAUUCGUGCUCAAUGUCAUCCCCGUGCUACUGUUCCUCGUGGCGUUCUCCGCCUCAAUACCUUCAGAAGGCGACAUCAAAUCAGCGGACCUCUCGCUUACGCGCAUUCGCGAUGAUAUCAACCAACUGAGGCUACAACUUCAAGGUUCUUCUGUACCGAGCGGAGCGGAGACUUCGAAAGAUCGUGGCCAAGGAACGUGGUAUUCUCGAUUCCUCUCCAAGUUCGAAGGUGAUGACCGUCUUCAGGAGCUGAAGGGCCUGGAAGCCCUUGAACACCAAAUGAGCCUUGACCUAAACGCGCUCCGGCAGCGCCGUCAAACCGCCAUAUUCUCGGCCACCUUGAAAGGUCGUUUGUACAACCUCAGCGGAAGACUUUUCUCCAUUUACUGUAUCAUUAGAGUCAUCAGCUCCAUCGUGAAUAUUAUCUCGUCUCGCUCAACCUCCCACCAAACUUCCUACCCCGACUUAAUCACCCAAUUCCUAGCCUACUUGCUGACGCAUAUCUCAUCCGAGGUCAACUUAGCAGACGUCGCGCGCAUGUCAAGACAGAUCAGUCUUGUGUUAGUAGGAGUCAUCAUACUCAGCAGCAUCAGGCUUGUAUUACGCGGAGUGACGAGGGCUCUACAUGUGAGCAAUCGUAGCCUUGGUGCGUCGUUGAUGCUCCUCGUUCUAGCACAACUGAUGGGCAUCUACAUGCUGUCCACCAUCGUACAACUGCGCUCGACAUUCCCUCCGCCACCCGCUGACUCUAAGACCAGCGAAGAAGCCCAAAAUUUGUUCUCUUUGAUACCGAAAUAUGAAGUUUUUGGAUCGUUGUUUGAUUGGUCGUUCGUCGUCGCUGCUGGUGCGACCUUGGUCGUCCGAUGGGGUGCAGAGAAGAUGGGUGAGAUGAGUUAG